GCAGACUUGAGCUACAAGGGAGGACAGCACUUGGAAAGAGGCAGAAGCCCCUCUCAGGCACUCAGACAACACCCAGACAGGCUUUGCACCCACAGAGCCUUUGGCAAGGUCCUGGGACACAGCGGAGAAGGGAAGUUCCUGUGCCAUGCUGCAAUUCCUGCUGCUCCCUCUUCUGCUCUGCACUGUUACCCGGGGCCACCCAAUUCCAGGAGGUGACACACUGCAGUCUGGUGGUACAUGCUGGCUGCUCCAGGGUACAGAUUCCACAUGCAGUAGGAUGCUGCUUAGCUCAGUGACAUGGGAUGAAUGCUGUAGGGAUGGGCACAUAGAUACAGCAUGGUCAAACUACACUGAACCAAUGAAUAAGAUCAGUCUUCUGGGCUUCCUGGGUCUGGUCACUUGCCAGCCCUGCAGAGACAGUUGUGAAGGGGCGCAGUGUCCCCCUGGGAAGACAUGUUUCCUAAAAGACGGGCGCCCACAGUGUGAAUGUACACCAGAUUGCUCAGGUCUGGAUGUCGAUGUGCCAGUUUGUGGCUCUGAUGGCCACACAUACAAGGAUGAGUGUGAACUGAUCACGAAGAAAUGUCAGGGCCAUCCAGAUCUGGAGAUCAUGUACUAUGGGAAGUGCAAAAAGUCCUGCUCUAAUGUAGUUUGCCCAGGCACUCAUUCUUGUGUGGUGGAUCAAACAGGGAGUGCCCACUGUGUUGUUUGCCGCUCAAUGCCUUGUCCACCGCCAUUUGCUUCUGAAAACAUGCUGUGUGGGAACAAUAAUGUCACUUAUCCUUCUGCAUGUCAUCUUCGCAGAGCCACCUGCUAUCUAGGAAGGUCUAUUGGGGUUCGUCACACAGGCAGUUGUGCAGAUAUCCCUGAAUUUUCCAUGGAUCUGGAUGACAGUGUGAAGAAUUAUGUCUGAGAUCACCAUGAAACGCCUGGCACAUAGGCAUUCCAUGUGUAUAUUGUACAUACAGUGAGGCAUAUUUAUUAACUGGAUGUGCUAUUUAUAUAUAUAUAUAUCAGACAGGCUCCUUAUCCCAUGAGCACAGGGGCUCAUUGCAACACUCUUGUGACUAUAAAGGUGAGGAAAAAAAAGAGAACCCAGCCUGAGAUUCCUCAAAGGAAGAAAUACACUUGGUGCAAGGCAUGGUGAAACCAGUGAUAUUUUUUUCUAAUGAAUUUGCCUCCUGAAGACUUUACCCACUUUUGUUAUGGUCCUUGAAAUGAAUAUGUGGAAAAGGUACAGAAGGUGAGACAACAAGAAGUAAAAGCUCACCAAUUCCUUUCCUAUUCUAUAUGUGUUUAUUAAGCAUAGCUUUUGUAAUAGAGUUAAAAUGAUGCUAAUAUUGUAACCCUAUAUAGCAGACAGUUGUUUCAGGAAUAGUCAAUGCCCUUCAGAUCAUAUUAUUUAACUUUUGGAAAUGUAGAUAAAGUCAGAAGAAUUUAGCACUGCAUCUAAAUCACCAUUUUAACUUGUAUUAUCAGCACAGAGUAUAUAAGUACCAGGCAUAUUAGUACCUUAGAAUUCCCACUUCCUGAAUGUCAUUAUGAAAUACAGGGAGUCCCUGAGUUACAGACAACCGACAUACAUAAAACUCACACUUACAAAUGGAGGCUAUCACAGUAAUGUACUGAGGUUUGCUUGGCCUUUAUUAGCAUUUAGCUUUAAUAAACCACCCGCCCGAAUCCCCUCUGGUGUGUGUUUUCUACUGUGGAGCACUGAAAUGUAAAAAUAAAUAUGCACAGAAAGGCAAAGAUAAAUACAAUGUUAAGACAAACAUCUGUCUAAGUUACAUUUAAUAACUGUUCCAACUUACAUGCAAAUUCAACUUAACAACAAGCCUACAGAACAACGUAACCAGGGGACUGCCUGUAUAGGAAAGGGAGUCUGAUACAUUGAGUGGAAGAAAAGCUAUACCUAUGCAGUAUUUCCCUCCCUUGCAUGGUGAUAUUGAAGCAAUGUAUCCCUUUCCCUGGUCAGUCCCAAGUUUGCUGCUCGGUCAAAUAAUUUUGUGCAUAAGCUGAUAAAUCAUAAUGGGAAAUGUUACUAAACACAAACCAUGCAAUAUACCUGGCUACCCCCAGGGAGCCUCUAAUCACUGGUUAACAUUGUUCUUAUGUUCAUAUAUUGGGUGUACGUUGCCUCGUUUUAGUAUGCUCCUGAUACCCCAGUGGGGUUUUUUUGCUAUUUUUUAUCUUUGUGUUUCUAUUUUCUAUUCAUGGAAAUAAAUUACUAAAAAUUG